CCCACCGGGGAAGUGGCUUCAAUGGCUCCAUCUCCCAGGAGAAGCAGUAGGAAAGAUGCCAGCGCCUUGCCAAGCAUGUCCUCAACUUUCUGGGCUAUCAUGAUCCUGGCUAGUCUCCUAAUCGCUUACUGCAAUUAUAACAGCUAUUUUGGAGCGGAUAACCCUCAAUGGCUGUAUAUGAGACAUUGCCCGGGGUGCCUCCAAGAUGCUUUUGAGCUGGGUCAGCUGGCUGCAGGUACAUGUGAGAUUGUUACUUUGGACAGAGAUAGCAGUCAGCCCCGAAGGACUAUAGCCCGACAAACAGCUCGCUGUGCAUGUAAAAAAGGACAGAUUGCCGGCACAACAAGAGCAAGGCCAGCGUGUGUUGAUGCACGAAUUAUCAAAACAAAACAGUGGUGUGAAAUGCUUCCGUGUUUAGAAGGAGAAGGCUGUGAUUUGCUAAUCAAUAAAUCAGGCUGGACCUGUACACAACCAGGAGGACGGAUAAAGACAACCACGACUGAAGAUCAGCUGGAAAUAUCCUGAGGCCAUGGUCUAAUGGUCUGAGCUUGGGAACUGGGAGCCAGAAACUCCUGAGCUCUAAUCCUGGCUCUGUCAGUGACUCCCUCUGUGGCCUUGGGUCUCCUGACAAAUGCAGCAACACAGAAUCCUCGUAGGAGUGGUUUAGGCUCUCUGUGAGCUACUUAACUUAGUCAAGUUUCACUGCUGUUGAUCAUCAUCUGUUAUAUGUCAUCAACUCAACUGUCUGUUUCUCUGUAUCUCAUGAAUGACAGCAUAAUUCCUCUGCAUUAUGAGCUAAAGUUUGUUCUACCAUUCUAAGGAUCACUGGACUAAGGAAUAUAGAAAAGAGAUAUGCUUGGGCAUUAGCAAUACAAAAAAGUUCAUGGUUAACGUUUCAUCUGCGUUAUACACCACUGCUGGACUUGCUGUUACCUACAUGUUUCAAUCCGAAGAGUCUGCUACAAUGAAGAGUAUCAUCCCAAUCAGCCUUAGAGAAGACUGUUUUGCCUAUGGGAGGACACUGAGGUGCAAAAGAGAAACUCUUCUUGUGCCCUAAACUGUCUGAAUUGCUUUUAUUUUCUUAUACUUUCAGUAUUUACAAUAGACCAAAGAGCAAAAUCUAUUUUAAAGUGGACACAAUCUUACUCUUAAGAGAGUUAUGUCAUUAAAUUGAAGGAGGUCUCUACAAAGACAUGAUUCCAGCUUUCACAAAGCUGAAAUGUUGUCCAGCAGAAGUCUUUAUGGAAAGCUGAAGUAAAAACUAACUCAGAGACCUGCUCUUGAAAUGCCAUGUUCAAGAGAACAUAAUGGAGCACUGAGAGAAAAUGACCUGUUUGAAAAACUUGGACAAAAAGAACACAAACUGUCUACGCGGCACCUUUAUUCCUCUGUACUUAGAUUGACUUUCUCGUACUAAAAUCAUUUUCCGUUUUAACCAGUUAAACAUGCCUCUUCUACAGUUCCAUUUUUGAUAGUUAAAGUUGGAUAAUACAGUAUUUGCAAAGAGCAUGUUUGGUCAUCUGUGGCCUAUGUCUCAUCUGAUACACCAUUUAGCACCAGAAAGCAAAUUAAAGAGAAAACAAAAGUAACACUUGUUUGAAAGAGAUCAUUAAAUGUAUUUUGAAAAGCCUAAAGUUAUAUAUUUAACAGUUUUUAUAUGUUGUAUAUUUGUAGAAAAUCCUAUUUAACAAUUAACGUGAUAACUCUGACAGUCAUGAAAAGUGGUUCAGAGUUAAGUUGUGUUUUAUUACUUCAGUUGUCUCUGAAGUGACCAGUGUCGUUUGCUUUCUUCCAUUGGGACAUUCUGGAUGUAAAGCAUGACCAGAGAGGACUGUGUAGAAAAAGCAAAGAAUAAUGUUGUUUAUAUUACAUAAAUGCAUUCAACCAUUGCA